AGCGGAGCGGACCGGAGCGGAUCGUCGCGGGGCGCAGCGCAGCGCUGUGAGGCCGGCAGGAUGCUGGAGAUCCAGCUGGACGAUGGCGGCGUGGGGGGGUACCCGGGCGACGACUAUUGCUCGGGUUCGGUGAUGUCGGAGCGGGUGUCGGGCCUGGCCAACAGCAUCUACCGCGAGUUCGAGCGGCUCAUCCACUGCUAUGACGAGGAGGUGGUGAAGGAGCUGAUGCCGCUGGUGGUGACGGUGCUGGAGAACCUGGACUCGGUGCUGACCGAUAACCAGGAGCACGAGGUGGAGCUGGAGCUGCUGCGGGAGGACAACGAGCAGCUCCUCACGCAGUACGAGCGGGAGAAGGCGCUGCGCAAGCAGGCCGAGGAGAAGUUUAUAGAGUUUGAAGAUGCACUGGAACAGGAGAAGAAGGAGCUACAAAUCCAAGUGGAACACCUUGAAUUUCAGACUCGACAGUUGGAGCUGAAGACCAAAAACUAUGCAGAUCAGAUUUCACGGCUGGAAGAGCGUGAAUCAGAAAUGAAGAAAGAGUACAAUGCUUUACAUCAGCGUCACACAGAGAUGAUUCAGACCUACGUGGAACACAUUGAACGAUCCAAAAUGCAGCAGGUUGGGGGAAAUAAUCAAACUGAGGGCAGUGUACCUGGGAGAAGUCAUCGCCAGUCAUGGAGGAAAAGCAGGAAGGAACGUCCUAACUCUCUGAAUGUCUUCCCCCUCGCGGAUGGCAUGGUACGUGGGCAGAUAGGGGCCAAGAUCGUCCCAACACUGGACCACUGGCACCUGAGUGACCUCGGCCAGCUGCAGUCCAACUCCAGCUACAAGUGUCCCCAGGAUGAAAUGUCUGAAUCUGGGCAGUCCUCAGCAGCUGCCACGCCGAGCACCACCGGAACCAAGUCCAACACUCCCACAUCAUCUGUGCCCUCUGCUGCUGUCACACCCCUGAACGAGAGCAUCCAACCCAUCAGUGAAUACAAUGGCACAACCAAGAGCAACAAGAGGACACGAGAAAAGCGGAACAGCCGGAACAUGGAAGUGCAGGUCACACAGGAGAUGAGGAACGUCAGCAUAGGUAUGGGAAGCAGUGAUGAGUGGUCCGAUGUUCAGGACAUCAUAGACUCCACUCCUGAGCUGGAUAUGUGUCAAGAUCCCCGCCUGGAACGCCCUGGGAACAGCCCAACCCAGGGGAUUGUGAACAAAGCGUUUGGCAUCAACACAGACUCUCUCUAUCAUGAACUUUCCACAGCAGGAUCUGAGGUGAUCGGGGAUGUUGAUGAAGGAGCAGAUCUGCUAGGGGAGUUCUCAGUACGGGAUGAUUUCUUUGGAAUGGGCAAAGAAGUGGGCAAUCUGCUGUUGGAGAACUCACAGCUACUGGAGACCAAAAAUGCUUUGAACGUUGUGAAGAAUGAUUUGAUUGCCAAGGUGGACCAAUUGUCUGGAGAACAAGAAGUACUGAAAGGAGAGCUUGAGGCAACAAAGCAAGCCAAAACCAAAAUGGAAACGAGAGUGAAGGAGCUGGAGGAAGAGCUGAAAAGAGUGAAAUCUGAAGCGAUUGUUGCCCGUCGAGAGCCCAAAGAAGAGGUGGAGGAUGUAAGCAGCUAUCUCUGUACAGAAUUGCAGUGCUCCUCCCCUCUGCAGGACAACAUUCCCAUAGCUCAGCGCCGGCGCUUCACCCGUGUAGAAAUGGCCCGGGUUCUGAUGGAGCGCAAUCAAUACAAAGAGAGGUUGAUGGAGCUCCAGGAGGCUGUCAGGUGGACUGAAAUGAUCAGAGCUUCCCGUGAGCACCCGUCCGUCCAGGAGAAGAAGAAGUCCACCAUUUGGCAGUUCUUCAGCCGUCUGUUCAGUUCCUCCUCAAGUCCCCCACCAGCAAAGAGGACCUACCCAUCUGUGAACAUCCACUACAAGUCUCCAACCACAGCAGGGUUCAGCCAGCGACGCAGUCACACCAUGUGCCAGAUCUCCUCUGGCAGCCGCACCCUGGAGUUCUUCCCUGAGGAUGACUGCACGUCCUCGGCACGCCGCGAGCAGAAGCGGGAGCAGUACCGCCAGGUCCGGGAGCACGUGCGGAACGAUGAUGGGCGGCUGCAGGCCUGCGGCUGGAGCCUCCCUGCCAAGUACAAGCAGCUGAGCCCCAAUGGUGGUCAGGAAGAUACUCGCAUGAAAAAUGUCCCUGUGCCUGUAUAUUGUCGCCCACUUGUAGAGAAGGACCCAACCAUGAAGCUCUGGUGUGCAGCUGGAGUCAAUCUCACUGGAUGGAGACCAUUGGAGCAGGAGGCUGGGAAUGGGCAGAAACUGGAUCCUGGACGGGAUCCUCUUACCUGCGAUCGGGAAGUGGAGGGUGAGAACAACAAAAGUAACCAUACAUCUCCUGAAAAGAAAAAGGCAAAGGAGUUCCAUGAAAUGGAUGCCACAUCCAGUCGUGUCUGGAUCCUCACCAGUACCCUGUCAACAAGUAAAGUUGUAAUCAUUGAUGCCAAUCAGCCUGGCACAGUGGUGGACCAGUUCACUGUCUGCAAUGCUCAUGUGCUCUGCAUCUCCAGCAUCCCUGCGGCCAGUGAGAGUGAUUAUCCUCCAGGAGAGAUCUUUCUGGAGGGCGAUGUAAAUCCUGAAGAGUCAUCUGGAACAGAUGGUGUCUUGGCAGGAAUCACUCUGGUGGGCUGUGCAACUCGCUGCAAUGUGCCACGAAGCAACUGUUCCUCGCGUGGUGACACACCUGUGCUGGACAAAGGACAGAGUGAAGUGGCUGCUGUCUGCAAUGGGAAGAUCAACCAAUCUCAGUCUACAGAGGAAGCAACAGAAGCUACAGAGGUGCCAGAGAAUGGUACAAGUGAGACAGAGCCCAUUCAAGCCCGUUCUGGACCCCUCACAGAGCACGUAUUUACGGACCCAGUCCCUGCACAGGCACCUCUUCGUCAGAACGGAGAGAAUGGGCAGCUGAAAACAGAGUCAAGCACAGCACUGCCAGAUCAGGAGCUGAAUGGGGAUGCUGCUGGGACGUGCACCAGUGCUGCACCCACCAUGUGGCUGGGAGCACAGAAUGGCUGGCUUUACGUGCACUCUGCUGUAUCGAACUGGAAGAAGUGUCUGCACUCGAUAAAGCUAAAGGACUCCGUGCUGAGUCUAGUGCAUGUGAAGGGAAGGGUCCUUGUUGCUCUGGCAGAUGGAACACUGGCCAUAUUCCACCGAGGAGAAGAUCGUCAGUGGGAUCUCAGUAAUUACCACCUAAUGGACCUUGGUCACACUCACCAUUCUAUCCGCUGCAUGGCUGUUGUGUAUGACAGAGUCUGGUGUGGCUACAAGAACAAAAUCCAUGUUAUUCAACCUAAGACAAUGCAGAUUGAGAAGUCCUUUGAUGCCCACCCUCGGCGUGAGAGCCAGGUGCGACAGCUGGCGUGGAUUGGAGAUGGAGUGUGGGUUUCCAUCCGCCUGGAUUCCACCCUGAGGCUUUACCAUGCCCACAGCCAUCAACAUCUGCAGGACGUUGACAUUGAGCCUUAUGUCAGCAAGAUGCUAGGUACUGGAAAAUUGGGCUUCUCAUUUGUACGGAUUACAGCCCUGCUCAUUGCUGGCAAUCGUCUCUGGGUAGGAACAGGGAACGGCGUUGUCAUCUCCAUUCCACUGACUGAGACUGUAGUCCUCCACCGAGGCCAACUCCUUGGGCUCCGGGCCAACAAGACCUCACCCACCUCCGGAGAGGGCAGCCGCUCUGGCGGGGUCAUCCACGUGUAUGGUGAUGACAACAGUGACAAAUCUGCCAGCAGUUUUAUUCCCUACUGCUCCAUGGCUCAGGCACAGCUCUGUUUCCAUGGUCACCGUGAUGCUGUCAAGUUCUUUGUCUCUGUGCCUGGCAACGUCCUAGCAACUUUGAAUGGGAGCGUGUUGGACAGCCCCUCGGAGAACCCCAGCACAGCAGCCACAGAGACCGAGGGGCAGAAGCUGAAGAAUGUCCUGGUGCUGAGUGGAGGAGAAGGGUACAUUGAUUUCCGGAUCGGGGAUGGAGAAGAUGAUGAGACAGAGGAGAAUGCAGGAGAUGCCACCCAGGUGAAGCCAGUACUUUCUAAGGCAGAAAGGAGCCACAUUAUUGUGUGGCAGGUAUCCUAUAUCCCAGAGUGAGAAUUUCUCCUUUCCUACCAAUGUAAGUGUCCCUGUUCCCACCUGAAUGCCACGAUGUACAUACAGAACGCCUGCAUUAUACCUACUGCUGGAAACCGACCCCAGACAACUGCAGCGGCUCCUGCCUCAGACUGUGACCCCUUUGUAACCUCUGAACUUGCAGCUUUCAUCUUGGGCCCAUGAGCUUUCUGCGUGGUUGGAUUAUUAUUGUUCUGCUCUGGAGCUGGCGUCUACAAGGAGAGAAAUGGCAGCGCGUUGAUAAAAGUGAAGCUUGGAGCCAGAGCUGUGCAAAAGCUUUGCCUGGGGCUGGGGAGCUGGACAGGUGGUGGGUCUGGUUCUCCAGCAGGAUGCCUUGCUCCCAUCUGCAUGAGAAGUAGUGCAGCACCCUGGCAUCCCCGCCAAAGCAGCGAUGGAGGAUCACAACUCCUACAGCACCCCAGAAGAAAUCCUUCCUUGUUCACCAGUGGACUUUCCACCUUAUCCACUAUGUGCACCUGAGCAUAGAAUAAUAUCCCACAGACUGACAGCAGCCAGGUCCAAGGAGCCUUCAAUAGAAAGGAAUGUCGAGGUUGGGAAGCGCUUCUGCUGUUUGGCUGGAGAAGGUGGCAGGGCUGUUAGUGGGGGGAACACAUCCUCCACACUUGCAGAUGGAAAGUCUCCCUCCUCUUCUGCUGCUUUUGUCAUAGCAGUAGUGUGCUGGGUGACUGCAUGUGUCCAGAGGGGAUUGUUUGGUAGCCUCAGGUGGGUGACAGAUGGUUGAUUGUGGAGGCCGUGGGGCCUUUCAAAACUAUUAACAAAGAAGUACUGGAACCCUGUUAUUUUAAAGGGGGAAAAGGCAGUGAUAUUUUAACUCCCUUCUCUAAAAAAAAAAAAAAAAAAAGUCAAGCAGGAAAGAAUUGAGUUCAUUCGUUUUGUGAGCCUGAAAGCUUUAGGAGAAAGUUAUCUCUACAUAGGAUUUACUGGCUUUUAAAAUAGAGGCAGUGGCAGAUAAUGUUCGUCUGCUGUGAAUUCUGCAUUAACACACUGAGAUUACUUCGACUCAUCAGGAUCCCAUCCUGCUGGGAACUGCUGGCAUCCUGCUGGAAGGAGGUGGCUGUUUUCCUUUAAACAGUGGCUGUCAGGUUAGGAAAGACUGUGUAGGUGCAGUCAAGGUGUACAGGCUGUGUCUUGCCUGAGGUCAUGCAGAUAAGGGAAUUGAGGCCAGAUCUCCCAGCUCCUUUUACUCAGCAUCACAAGCACUGAUUGAAUUGGUUAGUGAGUGGUUUGAAAAGCUGGAUCUCUGUUACUCCUCUAAAGAAUGACAGCCUCUGAGAGAAAUUCUGACUGCGCUCCUUGUGCAAGCUGCGUGUCCUGCUUGUAGGAGAAGCAGCCGAAAACGCAGCCAGAGAGAACAGUUUUAAGCUCCAUAUUGAAAGUGUGGCAGCUCCAGAUGUAGAGGCAGUGGUUUGUUUUCCCCUUCUAACAGUUGCAGCAGUUCCUUCCUCUACAAAGAGCUGUUAGCAAUGAAUUUAGAAGAUCCUGGUGGCUGUCUUGUUGGUUUCCUGAGCUGUGCAGCACUGUGGAUCUCCCAAGGAUGUCCACCUCCAUCUCUGAGGAACAAGACCUGUGCUGCUUGUCAUGGUCCAGGCUGCUCCCAAGCCUUGUGGUCUGCAGCUGUUUGUGUGCUGCAGGAACACAGCAUUCACUGGGGAAGUUUUAACACCUGUCCUCAUUCAGCAACCCUGAAAUGGUCUUUGGAUGCUCAGUUCAGAAAAGGCUGGGGCACACAGUUCCCAUCCAGGGAGGCAAGAAGACAUACACAGGGUGCAGAGGCCUCAGCCAUCAAAGUAUGUGGCCACGGUGCUGCCCACACUGCCUGAGCAGCUGGUGAUGUGAGGACCCACACUGCUCCUUGCAGAGGUAGGAAGCUAGCUGGACUGUAUCUUCAAUCCAGGAUCUGUGGCUUGCAUUUGGCUGACUCUGCAAGCAGCCAUUCAUGUAGAGGAGAAUAUUUGAGAGGAGACAUCUCACCUGGGGCAGCGCUCACUCAUCCCCAGAAUGCUUUCUUCUAGAACAGGCUCUCUGGGUCACAGCACAGGGUGCAGUAACAGAUGUUGAGACAGCAGAUUCCACAGAUAUCUAACAGUUAGAGCCAGGAAAAUGGCAUACUUUGGUGUCAUUUAAAGGCAAAUGCAAUUCUUUAGGCAUGUCAAACCUUCAGCGUGAAAAUACAGGAUUGCAACGUUCUUACCUCUUACAAUUUGUUCUCUAUCUGGUUUUAGCAGUAAAAGUGACAAUAUUCAGUCUUCUGUCACCCACUGGUCCAUGGCAACAUGAGGAAACCACUCUUGGGCCUCUGCCAGCAGGUUCCUUCCCAGUUUGGUGCUUGGUUUCCUCCAGGAGAAGCACAUGUGUCGGAGGGGUGGCUCCAGCUCAGCCUCUGCUAUCAGCUCCUGUUGGGAUGUGGUGGCUGCUGGGCAGCAAGGUGAGAACUGACUGGCUUCAACACACUUCCCUGUCAUAUCUCCACUGUGAUGUAUGUAAAGUAUCUUGUAUGUUACAAAAGGAUUUUAAAAAGUGUCUUAAGGCCUGUAAACUCCGCUGUUUGGUCUGAAGAUGGCAUUCUGUAAAGAGACCGCUGUAUGAAUACGUUCCCAUGCUUUUUUCCCUACGCUAUCAAACAACAAACCAUAUCUGUUCUGUAUGUAAUAAAUGUGUUAACAUCA